AAACUUUUAUCUAUACAACAUGGAAUUUAUAAUUGGAGCCUCGUCUGCUGUCGGUGCUGUUAUAUUCACAAAUCCUUUGGAGGUUGUCAAAACCAGAUUUCAACUACAAGGGGAAUUAAAGAAAAAAGGACAAUAUACAGUUCAUUAUAAAAAUUUCUUUCAUGCUUUUUACCUCAUUGGUAAAACAGAAGGAGUUUUGGCAUUGCAAAAAGGGCUUGCGUCUGCAGCCAUACAUCAGGCAAAAAUCAGACUCCAAUCACAAGCAAAUAAGAGCAUAGCAGUAGGAUAUCAGCAUGAAGCCAAGAAUACAUUUGGAAUUUUAAACAGCGUUUAUAGGGAAGGCGGAAUAACCGGGCUGUGGCGAGGUGUGAUUGGAAGCGUACCCCGUAUUUGUGUCGGUUCAGCUUCACAACUGACAGCUUUUUAUGUUUCUAAAGAGUUUCUUGCUAACAAUAAGUAUUUUGUAAUACAUUCUGGGCUUUUAAACACUUUCGUGUCAAGCAUGAUUGGAGGUAUUUUUGUUGCAAUUACAAUGGGUCCACUAGAUGUUAUAUCAACACGAUUGUAUAAUCAAGGUAUCACAAAGGACGGAAAAGGGAUUUUGUAUAACGGAUACUUUGACUGUGUUACAAAAAUUUGGAAAACAGAAGGAUUUAAAGGUUUUUAUAAAGGAAUUGUACCAUGUUAUAUGAGAAUAGGACCUCAUACAGUAUUGUGUUUUGUGUUCUGGGAUGAACUUAAAAAAUUACAGGCUUAUUUGGAAAAAAAAUAAAGCAGGCUUAAGAAAAUAGAAAAUAAUUAAUUGGUGCCAUGGAAAUAUUGAUUAGAUCGAACAAUUUGAGAAGUAGAAAUACAAAUAAAACUGUAAUCUCAAGCUCAUAUCAGACAAGAACCUUAUACUUUACUAAAAUUAAUGUUAGAAAUAUAACUUUAGUGGAAAAAAAAAAGCAUUCUGCUGAGUAAUUGUUGCGUCAGAAGAACAAUUACCAUUUCAUGAUUUAGACACAUAACAUUUACAUUAUGUGUUGAAAGCUUGGUUUUUGAAAAAUUGCUUAAUGAUAAAACAACAAUGCUAUAUUGUAAUAAAUGAUUUAUCACUAUAUAUCAAGAAACUAACCUAUUUGGGUUUAGAAAAUUCAAAUAAAUAUAUCUGAUUUACUGUUGUCCUGAUUUGUUUGUAUAAAUUAUUGUAUAAAAAUAAUGUAAUGGUCAGCAUACAAUAUGGCAAUAUAUACUGUUAAGUAUAGUCAAAGUAGUUUCUAUUUUAAAUUAAAUCAACGCAAUUUAAUGGUUUAAUUUUGGUUUAACAAUUUUUGGUGAUAUUCUGUGAUAGAAAUAAUUCAGUGAAUAAAUAUGCAGUUUACAAAAAAUUAUGUGAUAAUGCAUGUUACAGAUUUAUUAAAGAACUAUUUUUUCAAGUUUUUUUUAGCAGCAAUUGUUUUACACUUCACCUAACAAUAUUAGAACUCAGUUCGUACAAAUGCAACCUGUUGGCUUAAACAAGUAAUCAUAUAAUGUAAUAUUAGCAUAUAAUUUGGGCAUAUAUGGUGUUAAAUAAGUUUUUUUUCUGUAAUUAAAUCAAUAGUUCUUGGUGAUAGAUAUUCUGUGAUAGUGACAAUGUGGCGAAUAAAUAGUUAAUAAAAAAAUUAUUUUAUAAUUUUGAACUCAGGUUACAGAAUUAUUAAAGAUCUAUUUUUAAA